UAGCAGAGAGGCUGCUCCUUUCAUUGUGCUGCCGGCCGGUUGGGCCGGGCCGAUGUAAACAUGGAGCCGUGAGUAGAGCGGCAGCAGCUGGGCUGGGAUGGAGGGGGAAGGAGCCGCAAUGCAAAGGGAGGUGAGCGAAUGAAGGAUUAGAAGCGAGACCCCAGCAAGAUGAUUUAUUUAAUACUGCUGUCUGCUCUGGCGGGGGCUGUGUGUGUGCUGCUGCUGCAGAUUCUGUUGCUGUAUCGGAACAAACCGGAGCCGGUGCCCCGGCAUGUGCAAUAUGUCAAGCCCGUGGUCGAGCCCUCGCUCCUGGAUUAUUUCAGCGGCGGGAAGGAGCCUCCGGCCUCCCCGGACUCGGCUUGCUCAGUGUCCGCCAGCGGCAGCAGGUCCGAGAGCUGCCACUUCCUCAACGCCAUCUUUUUGUUUCUCUUUCGGGAGCUCCGAGAUACCCCCAUCGUCCGGCACUGGCUGACCAAGAAGAUCAAAGUGGAGUUCGAGGAGUUGCUGCAGACCAAGACAGCGGGCCGCCUGCUGGAGGGGCUCAGCCUGCGGGAUAUCUCCCUGGGCAACGCGCUGCCCGUCUUCAAGAGCGCCAAAUUACUGCAGCCCCCGGUGCCCGGGCCCGGCUCUGGCUCUGGCUCCGGCUCCGGCUCUCAGGAGGAGGAGGCCGCCGCCGGCCCUGCCGCUGCCGGAGUGCCCGAGGAACUCAACUUCGAGCUGGAGCUCGAGUACAACGGGGGCUUCCACCUGGCCAUCGACGUGGACCUGGUCUUCGGCAAGUCGGCUUACCUCUUUGUCAAGAUGAGGAGGGUGGUGGGCCGCCUGAGGCUGCAGUUCACCCGGCGUCCUUUCACCCACUGGUCCUUCGCCUUCAUGGACGAGCCCUUCAUCGACUUCGAGGUGAAGUCGCAGUUCGAGGGCCGGCCCAUGCCCCAGCUCACCUCCAUCAUUGUCAACCAGCUUAAGAGGGUCAUCAAGCGGAAACAUACUUUGCCCAACUACAAGAUCAGGUACAAACCAUUCUUUCCGUACCAAGUCCUUCCAACGGUAAAUGCAGCAAACAGUGACCUUUACAUGCAAGACUCGAGCAUCAUCGAAGGACGCCUAAAAGUCACAGUGGUUGAGUGCAGCAGGUUAUUUAUCCUGGGAUUCUAUGAUCGAGCUGAACACAUUCACUGUACUCUGGAGUUGAGCACCAGCGUUUGGAAAGAGAAGUCUAGAAGUUCCAUCAAAACGGUAGAGCUAAUUAAAGGAAAUUCACAAAGCGUAGGACUGACUUUCCGCCAAAUCCAGGGCAGUGAUGGAGAUGCAGUGCACGUUAGUGUUGAAACUGUGACCCCUAACUCAUCGGCUGCAGCUGCUGACCUCCAAAAAGGAGAUCGUCUCAUUGCGAUUGGAGGCGUCAAGGUGACAUCCUCAGUCCAUGUUUUGAAGCUUAUAAAACAAGCUGGUGACAAAGUACUGGUUUACUAUGAGAGGCCUGUAGGUGGACAUCAGAAUCAACAAUGCAGCUCCCUCCAAGAUAACUUUGGCCAACUUGAGGACACAGGCUUUGGUCCACAGUUUGGUCAACAAACAUUCGAUGAUGAUAGUGUUUUAGACAGUGCCGAUGGGAAAGACUUAGAUUCUGAAUUCGAAGAACUGAUGUGCCCUGAAAUCAAACCGCCACCCACAAUAUUAAAGGAGGAUUUCGCACCAACCAGUCAAAGUCCAAAGCGCUCAGUAGCUACACUUGCCACAAAGCCCCUAGGAUCUAUAUCUCCAAUUCUGAAUCGGAAAUUAAAUUUGGGGAAUUAUCAGAUUCCUCUGAAAUCACAGCAAAAAGACACGGUUAAAUCUGCUCAACCAAAGUGUUCAGAUAUCCCAGAUGCACUGCAACCACCAAGUAAGCCAACAUUGGGAUCCACAAAUAAACCACCUGUGCCCCCAAGACCCCAGAUUAAGCUUACUUUGGCUCCCUCUGAAACCCAGUAUCAGCUUGAGUCCGGAGAUGUUGCCACAGAAAAACUUGACAAACCACCACCUUCCACCAAUAGUACAGAGAAAACUAUGGAAAAGAAUGUAGGCAAAAACAUAGAUCCAAAUGAAGAUCCAGCACAGUCCAAGUCAGCAGCAAGUAAACAAGAUUCUAAGGAAAAAGUUCCAGAAGUUACCUGCAAUGUGCGUGAAGGAACAGAAGAUAAUCAAAUCUGGGAAUCACCUGAGAUUCUCUACCGCAAGAGGUUUGGAAAAUGGAACAAGGCAACAUGUGUAUUUGAGGUUGAAAACCACCAUAAGUAUGUCAACGUUGCAAUCUGGUGUAAAGAACCUUUUAAACCGGGUGGACUUAUUUGUUUAGGCCAUGCAAGUAUAAAACUUGAAGAGAUAGCAAUGGAAUGUCUUUCUACAGCAUCACUGGAGUACCAGGCAACUUUCAGGCUAAGUGCUCCUGAACCAAAAGCUGUUGUUAGUAGGACUGCACUUCGAAAUCUAAGCACUCAUAAGGGAUUUAAUGAGAAACUGUGCUAUGGUGACAUAACACUAAAUUUUACAUAUCUAAAAGAGGGUGAUUCAGAAAACUCUAGUGUUCAAGUGGAAAAGGAGAAAGAAAAGGAAGAUACUUCACCAGAGGACAUUCCUGCUCUCAGUAAGGAGGAUCUUCAUACGUUGUGCACAGACAAUAAGCAUAAUUUCCAAGAUACUCAGUUUCAGAAUCCAACCUGGUGUGAUUACUGUAAAAAGAAGGUCUGGACCAAAGCAGCUUCUCAGUGCAUGAUCUGUGCGUAUGUUUGCCAUAAAAAGUGCCAGGAUAAAUGUCUAGCAGCAGAAACACCCUUUUCUGUUGCUGCGGAAAGAAGAGUUGACUUGGAAGCAAAGUCAUCCUUCAACCGGUCUACUGGAUUAACACGGCAUAUCAUCAAUACUAGUUCUCGCUUGCUGAACUUAAGGCCAGGACCCAGAGCUCGUCUUGCUGAUCCUGGAGUUGAUUUGGUUGAGCCAUCACCAAAGCACACUCCAAACACCUCAGACAAUGAAAGCAGUGACACAGAGACUUACAGUGCCAGUAGUCCUUCCAAACGGCUGGCUUCUUCCACAGGAACCAAGUUACCAGUGAAGAAAGAAGGCGGUCUUGACGAUAGUGUAUUUAUUGCCGUCAAAGAGAUUGGUCGAGAUCUGUAUCGAGGAUUACCAACAGAUGAACGCUAUCAAAAACUCGAGUUGAUGUUGGACAAGCUACAAAAUGAAAUAGACCAGGAACUAGAACACAAUUAUGCUUUGAUAAAAGAAGAGAAGGAGAGCGCAGAUCCUAGAAAGAAGUUGCUGCUGUCUGCUGCCCUUUCAAAGUCAGGUGAACGACUGCAAGCCCUUACACUGCUCACAAUCCAUUAUAAAGCAGGGUAUGAGGAUUUAGAAUUAAGCGAGAGUGCAUCUUCUUCAGAACAGCAAGCAAGAAAGGUCACAAAGAUUUCAGAUGACAUCUUAUCCAUAACAACAGAUGACAUUGACAUUGCCAGUCAGACAGAUGUGCAACCAUUUACUGAUGUAUCAAAUGAGCAAACUGUUGAUGAUGCUGAAUCCCUUUCAUGACUUCAAUUCAAUUUCCCAAUGAAUGUAGUAAACCAAAUUCACUAAUCUGUUAAUUUUUUUUCUGCUUCUGUGCAAUAAUGCAAUUGUUAUUCUGUCUUGUGAAUUUGACUUUUAAUGUAACUAUGGUGUCAACAAACAACACAGCCAGUUCAGUCUAGGAUUUGCCCUCCCCACAGAAGAUUUUUUGUUAGAAUAUUAGUGAGAUAUAUUUAAAUUAAUUCUUGUUGUCAUGGUACUCUGCAGAUGUGUCCACAAUAUGUUGGGAAGGUGGAUUUAAAGUCUCUUUUGGGACCAGGUUUCAGAAUUUGAAUUAUGUCAUAAACCUGUAAUUCUUUAAGUUCACCUUUUUUUUUGUUUGCGUAGAUGUUUCUUUGCCAAACGUGUAUCAAUAUAGCAAACUGUGUGGUGAGCUUUUGUGUCUAUUAAAGGUAUUUUAGCAAAGCUGUGUUUGCUACUAUAUACAUUGUUUCUUUAUGAAUAUUUGUAAUAUAAGGGAUGACUACUCUGAACCUCUGAAAUACUUGUGCAAGAGUGCAAAAUAAUGCACUGACACUUUCUCACCUUUAUUGAAACAGUAAUGUGUAUUACAAAGAGAUAUCUAUUCAAUUCAUACUAAAGUAUGUAUUGCAUUGUAAAACAUUCAGCUAGGUUUACUAAGCAAACCUGCAGGUAUUUAAUUUUGAUAGAAUGUGACAUAAUUCAAACUGACUUACCAACCAGUAAUUUUUGCACAUGUAGGAAAAUUAAAAGUUGUUAAUGAAAGCUGAGAAAGUAAUGCUAAUUAAUUUGAGAGGUUUUCAGUUUGAUUUUGUUUAAUAAUUGGACCUUCGUGUUCCCCAUCUCCACCCCAGCAGGAUGAAGAGUUGGGUGUCUAGGACGUUAGCACUGCCCAAUAAAUAUGAUAUUGCAAAA